UUCGGAUUUAAAUUCAUGUGGGUAGCAAGUGCAUGUCAAGUUUCAUGAUCCUUAUUGGUUUAGUUACAUAGUCUGUUUACUGUAUAUACUUAGUUACCAGUGAUGACAUUAACAGUAGUGGGAAUACAGGAUUUUUUUAUGGAAAUAAUUUGCUCAUGUGGCUUCAGGAAGCACAUAAAAUAGCCCAAUAUAAAAAGAAAAUUCUCGGGAAGGCUUACAGCGCUCCCCCCCAGCCCCCCCCAGUACCAAUUAAUUUCAUAAAGUUAUCUCUUACAGGGACACCAGAUCAAGAGGCUAACACAAGAUGUGGAUCUCCACCUGAUGUGAUUCAUCCUGUGCAAGAAGGCGGCACACAUUCAGGGACACCAGAUCAAGAGGCUAACACAAGAUGUGGAUCUCCACCUGAUGUGAUUCAUCCUGUGCAAGAAGGCGGCACACAUUCAGGGACACCAGAUCAAGAGGCUAACACAAGAUGUGGAUCUCCACCUGAUGUGAUUCAUCCUGUGCAAGAAGGCGGCACACAUUCAGGGACACCAGAUCAAGAGGCUAACACAAGAUGUGGAUCUCCACCUGAUGUGAUUCAUCCUGUGCAAGAAGGCGGCACACAUUCAGGGACACCAGAUCAAGAGGCUAACACAAGAUGUGGAUCUCCACCUGAUGUGAUUCAUCCUGUGCAAGAAGGCGGCACACAUUCAGGGACACCAGAUCAAGAGGCUAACACAAGAUGUGGAUCUCCACCUGAUGUGAUUCAUCCUGUGCAAGAAGGCGGCACACAUUCAGGGACACCAGAUCAAGAGGCUAACACAAGAUGUGGAUCUCCACCUGAUGUGAUUCAUCCUGUGCAAGAAGGCGGCACACAUUCAGGGACACCAGAUCAAGAGGCUAACACAAGAUGUGGAUCUCCACCUGAUGUGAUUCAUCCUGUGCAAGAAGGCGGCACACAUUCAGAGACAUCAAUACAAAGAGCUGAGCCAGGAAAUUCAUUUGAAGAGAGUGAGGUCAUUUCAGAGAUUCCUGCAACAGGAUGGACCGAGUCUAAGAAUGUAGUUAGAACGUCUACUCCUGACAUUCCAUCAGCUUCAGAAUUGCAUCAGCUCCAGUUUCAAGUCAGGAAGCUUCAAGAAGAAAUAGAUGCGCUUUCUGCUGAAAAUAUUAAAUUACGGAAUGCAGACGAGAGUGGGAAGAAAAAUCUUAAGAAAUAUUUUUCAACUUCACAAGUGCAAUAUAUAUAUGUACGAUGGGAAACCAGUAACCCGGUGGACUGCUGAAGACAUUAGUAAAUCACUGACUCUCAGGUGUGUUAGCC